CCUCUCUGGAGGGGAAAACCCACCCCCUCUCCUUCACAGAUUCAACCACAUUUAAACCUCCCUCCCUCUCUCUCUCUCUCUCUCUCAUAUUGAACUUCUGCAAUUUCUAAGUUUCAUCUCUCUCUUUCCUUCACACUCAUGGAGACCAGCACAACUUCUGCAACUUCCAACCAAACGCAUCAACGCCACCACCAUCACACACCUCCUCAGCCCCACCACAACCGCCAUGGCCUUCCACUCUCCAACUCGGUCUUCGCCAUCAUCAUAACCGCGACUUCAUCGGUUGCUCUCCUCGCCAUUUUCUUCAUCAUCUUACUCCUCCGACGGCUCAAGUCCGCCAAAAAGAAUGCAGAUAGGGAAAGCAGCAACACAAGCUUCAACAAGUCCAUCAGUCUUCCUCACAACACCACGAUCUACAGCUCUAGCCCAGAUAUGAAGGGAGGGUGUUUGAAUGGAGGGAAUUUGGGGCUAGGAUCACUCGGGCCAGCGAACAGUGGUAACAACAGGUAUAGGAGAGGAGUGCAAGUGUUCACAUACAGGGAGCUUGAAGUGGCCACAGAAGGGUUCAGUGAAAGGAACGUGAUAGGGACUGGAGGGUAUGGAGUGGUGUACAAAGGGGUGUUGAGUGAUGGGACAGUCGCUGCAAUUAAGAUGUUGCAUUGGCAAGGCAAGCAAGGAGAGCGUGCCUUCAGGAUUGAGGUCGAUCUAUUGAGUAGGUUGCACUCACCAUACUUGGUGGAUCUACUGGGCUACUGUGCUGACCAAAACCAUAGGCUCCUGAUACUGGAAUACAUGCCCCAUGGCACACUCAAGCAUCACCUGCAUCCACCACACUCACACAGCCAACACAGGCUGUUGGAUUGGGGGACCCGGCUAGUGAUAGCCCUCGAUUGUGCCAGGGCCCUAGAGUUUCUGCACGAGCACGCGGUGCCCUCGGUCAUCCACCGUGACUUCAAAUGCACCAACAUUCUGCUCGACAGCAACUUCCGCGCCAGAGUGUCCGACUUUGGCCUGGCCAAGACGGCAUCAGACAAGGUCAAUGGCCAGGUUUCGACGCGGGUACUUGGGACCACCGGUUACCUGGCACCGGAAUAUGCUUCAACAGGUAAGUUAACAACGAAGUCUGAUGUAUACAGCUAUGGUGUCGUCCUUCUAGAACUAUUGACAGGCCGAGUACCAGUCGAUAGCAAGCGCCCUCCUGGAGAACAUGUCCUACUUUCAUGGGCUCUUCCGAGGUUAACUAACAGAGAAAAAGUAGUGGAAAUGGUUGAUCCAGCCCUGAAAGGCCACUUUUCGAAGAAAGAGUUGAUUCAGGUAGCUGCUAUUGCAGCAAUGUGCGUGCAAGCUGAAGCAGAUUAUCGCCCUCUAAUGACGGAUGUCGUUCAAUCGCUAGUUCCUCUGGCUAAGAACUACUCCUCAAUCAGUUCUUCCAAUUCCUUGAGAUUUCAGAACAGUGCAGUUAGCCCCAGGUACUAGGAUAAGGGAUCCAUACGACGGCAUUUUCCUCACUGGAGGCAUGAAGAAUCUUCAAAAUUCAGAGGGACCAUUGAAUACACAAGCAUGCGAAAACAGGAGCAUAAAAAGGAAUAUGGCAAGCAAAAUAUGAAAAUCUUCACUAUCAAGAUUGUGCAAUCUUUUUCCUAGAUAAGGAUGUACUGGCGCUGUCCAGAAGCUGUACAUGCUCAUCUUAGGCAGAGAGCUCUGUCAAGUUUUCACAUUGUGGUUCCAUAAUUCCAUAUUUCAUAAGAUAAAUAAAUGUCGAAUAAAUUGCUCUU